GAAAUAUGGUCCAAAAAACGUACACUUUAGCCAGUGUUGAUGCCAGCCAACUCCAAUUAUGGAAGGUUGACAUUCCUAUCAAUGUUGAUAAACUGAAUAAUGCAAAUAUUGACGUUGAAGAAGAACUAGAAG